CGCGUGUCUACGUGAGAACUACGGGAAUUACUUAGACCUUUCAAUUUUGGACUAAAAUAAAGCUAAUUUUUUAUUUUUAAUUCAAACGUGUCUAUUUUAGAAAAAAACUGUGUUUUGAGCAUAAUGAUAAUAGUCCCGGAUAUGUAUCUUGUGCAUUUGGAGAUUUACUCGUAGAAGUUUCCAUGGAUGAAAAUGCGCAUGGAUUUAGUUUGAGUUACUUUUGUGGAGGCAUCAUAGUAUAAACAAUUUAAGAUAAAUAGACAAAUGUGAAAUAUUAUAAUGGAUCGUAAGUUCACUCAUGUGCUGAUAGCAGCACUCGUUGUGCACAUAAUUAGUGCAAGAGUGAUGUGCCCCAGUAACCCUAACUGCGUUUGUGGCGGCACGUUCUCUAUUGAACUGAAUUGUAACAUCGAUGGACGUGUAGUGAAAAUAAACUUACUACCAAGUACGUAUUUAAACAUUAAAUGCGAAAAUACAACAACUCUAGAUUAUAGUCAGCUACCAAAAUGUGCCAAUGGAACGAGUACUUUUAAAUCAGUCAGCUUCAAAGACUGCCCAUUACCAAACAGUUCGUUUAAGGACAUUUUAAUGCAUAUUGGAGUUUCUAAGACAAUGUCACUUAUAUUUCAAAAUGCAAAAGAACUGUCUGGGUAUUUCGAUAGGAAACAUUUUGCCGGCUUGCAAGAUUUGACUAAGCUACUCCUAUCAGUUAAUGGUGUAACACAUUUACCAAACAACCUAUUUGUGGACAUGCAUAAUUUAACAUGGCUUAAUAUACGAUGCAAUAAUAUAAAAUUGUCCGAAGAGUUAUUUAAGCCAUUGGAAAGAUUGGAGACCUUAGAAAUAAGUCACAACCAGAUGACAAAUAUGUCUUCGAACCUUUUUUCCCAUUUAUCUUUACUAAGGAAAUUGUCUUUAUGGCAAAGCAAUGUGACAAAGGUUUCAAAAGAUUUCUUUUCGGGUGUUGACGUUCUCGAAGAAUUGGAUCUAAGUUCUAAUGGACUUAAUGAACUUCCAUCAUCAAUUUUUAAGCCAUUGAGAAAGUUGAAGAAACUUACGCUAUUUUCCAACAAGUUUUCAAAGUUACCACAGAAUCUAUUUUCAACCAAUAAAAGGUUGGAAACUGUUAUAGUUCUGAACAACGAUGUUAAAAUGAAAGAAUUGCCGAAGAGUUUAUUUGGUAAUUUACUAAACUUGAAACAGGUAUACAUUCAGAGAAGCGGAAUCGAAUUUGUGCCCUACGAUAUUUUUACCAAUUCAUCUCUUUUAACAAACAUAUCAUUGGCAUUUAAUGAUAUUGAGGUAAUGCCAGAGUCCACUUUUAACGAUCAAAUUAACUUAUUAGAGUUGGACUUAAGUCAUAAUAGCUUGAGGAGCUUAGAGCCUAAAUUGUUCUCAUCAUUAGUACGCUUGGAGAAAUUGAAUUUAUGUUAUAACUCAAUUGAAGAAGUUUCAGGCUCCACAUUUUCUUCCCUUUUGAGUCUAAUAUAUUUAAACAUGGAACAUAAUAACUUGAAAACAAUAUCGUCAUAUUUAUUUAGCAACAAUAAACAGAGAAUGUCAAUAUCUCUUGCAUAUAAUGAACUGGACUUUCAAAACAAGGAGUUGAAAAACAAUUCUUGGACGGUUGAGCAUGUCUCGCCGUUUGCUCAUACAUAUAAUCUAAGAUUGCUCAAUUUGAGUCAUAACAAGUUUCGAACAAUAUUUGAAGAUUGGUGGAUUAAUGGACAUGAAAUCAUAGACAUCAGCAAUAACUACUUGGAGUCUCUUUGGGAAAAUAAAUAUUUUGAUGUCACUGAGCAUUCACCAAUUCAUGAAAAACUUCUAAGCAAACCAAUAAAAGAACUGUGGAUAACACAUAAUCCUUUGAACUGUAGAUGCAAUAAUCUAAAUUUCGUUAACGUAUUCACAAACGUUUUCCAUACAAAGGUAUAUGAAGAUACCCUCAUUAAUUGCUCGUUUUGGAGAGUGGAAGCUUGUUUUUAUAGAAUUAUGACAUUUGUAACAUAUCUCAUAUUAUUUGUGAUUUUAAUCUCGAUGUUAUCUGUAACUUAUUACCACUAUAGGAUUUAUAUUCAUCUAUUUAUAAAACAUAAGCUCUACUUUUUACAAAAAGACGCUGAACGAGUUAAGAAUAUAACUGUUAAGUAUUCCAAAAAUGAUGAAGAGUUUGUUUUAAAAGAAAUAUUACCCGAAUUGAAAGUGCAUAAAAAAUAUAAUGUGGAAGUAAAAUGCAUCAACUGUGCGAACAAUAAAAAUAAUUUUCUGAAGCAACAGCGUGGCACAAAUCAUUCAAAUAUAGUCUUGGUAAUUUUUUCCCCGAAUUAUUUAACUUCAGUGUACAGUAACGUCAACAUCAAAAAAAUUCGUGGCGCAAUGCUAAAAAGCAAGAAUACUGUUUAUGUAUUCACUGAUGAUGGCCCAGAGAACUCAAUAUACGCUUUUCUGAAGGAGCAGCGGGAUCAGCGGUCAACCAUUUUGAGGAGUGACCCAAAUUUCUGGACUGUUCUAAUCAACAUGUUAUCGAAUGGGGAUCGACACUCAACGAUCAAAAUGCCUUUGACUUCAGUAAAAAAUGGAUUUUUGGGAAUCAAUGAAUUUUUCUAGACAAUUCCUGAUAACUCAAGUAAUGCUUGAAGGAAAGUUGAAAAAAUCAAAUUUUAAUAAAAUUUUAAUUUAUUUUAGUGAGGUAAAGACUGAAUUCUUCACUGCGAUCAAUAUGAGUCUCACAUUCCGUAGUUUCAGAUCACCAACAUAGUUUCGUUGUAUCAUAGGUAAUUCUUGUAAAAACGUGUUAAAUUUUAGGGUAAUAUAAAAUGUAUUGAGUAAAAUUUUUACGAAAAUAAUUUAGUGAGUAUAAAUUUCUGUGACUUGGUUUAUUUUACUUUAAGAUUAUUAUAAUAUAUAGUAGAUUCAUAUGUCUGUGUUUUUUGU